AUGGAUUCCGUACAGUUACACUUCCAAGCGCAACUUGGGUUUCUCAUCGCGAUUUCCCGCUGGCCGGGAGACCUAGAAGAACACACAAACACCAAGGGUGUGCAAAAGCCAGGCCAACCCAUCUCAUCACCUCCUAAUUGUUUCGACAGAAUUCCCGCAAACGCUGACAUUUAUCCACACCCAAAGCGAGAACACCUCGUUCGAGCGCAAUGGGCUAUUGAGAAGCUUGAAGCGAGACUGAACGGUCAGACCCCUAUACUGGAAUCCCCGGAAGACCCUCAAGGAGAUGCACGAUCCAAGGUUUCCCUUUCUGCCUGGACGGUUGAAUACGACGGACACGCUCAAGAGUAUCAAGCUGACAAGUGUAAAUGGAUCGGUGUCAAAAUGACAUCUCCCAAGUUCCAAGCCGAAAGCCUGGAUCUGCAAAAGCAGUUGAAGAAGGUCUUGAUCAUUCUUAACAUGGAGUAUCUCACUGUGCCAAACUCGGAGACCCGUCUCAAGAUCGCUGUGUACUUGCACGAUUCCCUUGUCACUCUUGACCGAAUGAAAGCCAUUGCAGCCUUGAUUUGGACCAUAGACCCUCUCUUGGAUGACGUCCAUCCUCACCACUGUGGUUCUAAUUCGAUCUAUUCCCUCGGCCUACAGUACAGUAAUCUUGUCAGGAGUUCUCCUCUUUGUUUAAAGGCACAACUGGAUUCCACAGUUGACAUCCAGGAUCCCUGGGACAACCAUCUGUCCCCCAAUCGACGCCCACUGGAACUUCUCGCUCACCCUGGAGAGUUGAGAGAGCAAAAGUAUUCCAGUGGUGUUGAUAUGAUACUCGAUGCUAACUCUGUUGAUGAACUCACACAUCGUCUAGAUAUUACGAUCCAAGACUCCGAAUGCUAUCCUCAAGCAUCGCCUGCUUAUAGCUUGCGGCCUUCUGGUAAGUCUGAUGAGAUGGUUAUUUGGUUCAACCAGCACUGCGGAACUCUUGACUUUACCGAGAUCAGGCACUGGAUUUCCUUUUGCGUAGGUGUCAUUCAGCUCAGCACAGAGGAAACCAGUACCUCAUUUCACAAAUCGAACCCUGGGCUCAUUUGCAGGUCUGUCCUCUCCCACCGCCUCAAUGAGAUUGGCCUACAUGACCUUGUCGAUUACCACCAGGCGAAGCUAAGAACCUCCCGGAUGCCGGAUCUGAAAUAUUGGUACUCGGACGGGUGGGCCUUUUCCCGAGAUUCGAGCUCUCAUAUGAGCUCAGAUGGCUCGUCUAAUCUGUCGCCCAGGGACGAUUUUCCCUUUCCAGUCUACGAAAGGCGGUUUGCACCUAGCAACUCUGUUAACGGCAACUAUUCUUUUGGAAUCGAGCUUGAAUUCCACACACCAAUAAAGCGAGAUGCUAGUAGUCUACCGCUAAUCGGAUCGCCGCCACCCAGCCUACCGAUUGAUCCCCAAUCUCCCAUCGACAGGUCUGAUCCCUCUCCUGAGGAUGACAGACAAAUUGGCGAGUAUUCUAUCAAUGACAGGACGAUUCAAGUAGCAAAGGUGAUUACGGAAAAGGGGCGGUUAGCUUUGACGAGGUCACAAGUGCCCUCUGACGAAACACCUGAGUGGCGAGGUAUCCUUGCCAAGCAUCUCAUUGUCCCUAUUCCUGGCAUCAAGCCCGUUUAUCAGGUAUGGACUGUUGUGCCUGAGUACACCCUCAAACCUUGGAGAAACUGGGCAGGUUACGCGGCAAUAGAUGGUAUGGAAGUCGUGAACCCUGUUUUGGCAGACACGUCAACGGACUGGGAGAACGUCGUGGAUGUGUUGGGCAUUCUGCGAAACAACUUUAGGAUACUCGUACCUAAAACCUGCGGCUUCCACAUUCACGUUGCCAAGGGCACCGAGAAGCUAUCUUUGCACCUGCUGCGUAAACUCGUUGUUCUCGUGGCUUGUGCAGAAAACAUGAUCUUCAGCCUCUGUCACCCUAUCAGAAGGGAGAAGGGGUGGUCGACACCUAUCAGAAGGGAGGGUUCGCCAUUAUACGACGGAUAUAAAGAGGCGUGGACGCGCAAGGGUGUCACGGCUGACUUUUGGCAGCAUAUACCCAUUCGUACGGCUUCAAACCCUCGUCUUUUUGGCGCUUUGAAGAAGGUAUGGAUGGUCAAGAGCGGAUCAAGUCUUCAAAGACUCUUGCCUUCCAUAGGUAAGUGCUGCAUCAGUUUAGCCAAGUGUAACUUCUAUUCUUCCCUUGGCACAGAUUAUGACGGAACUGUCGAGUUCCGUUUCCUCGAAGGUACACUGGAUCCGGAACUGAUUGUACGCUGGGGUCAGCUCAUGGUAGCUCUUUUUAGAUUCGCUGACAAGGCUCCCCACGAGGCCUGGUUCCCGUUUGUAGCUACUGCAUUACAGUGCCAAUCAUCAGGCCCUUGCGACAUCAAUGUUCUGAGAGUGUUUCUUACUCUUCUCGGUCUGAGCGAUGAUUUCGACUUUUGGGCUGACAGAGUCGCAGCAAUGUCAAAGCUGGAUCCGCAAGAAUACCGAAAAGAUCGACCCGAUGAGAAUCAGGGAUUCCUCUCUCGAAUCAGCAACUCGCAAAUGACUGCCCUUCGUAACAAUCUAUGCCAGAGGGAAAGAAUCCUUCCAUGCCUAGCUGCCAAAAAGGGGGUCGCCCAAGAACCUGAAUCACCACAUGAUCCUGCAGACCGCGCAGAAUCGAUACUGAGGGAAGCUGGAUUUGCAGGUAAGUCACUCAUUAAAGCAGUCAAGGCUGAAAGGGGGAGAGUACAAACGAUUCGGGCUAGGCCUACCAAGAAGCCUGAAGAAGAGGCUCGCGAAGAUGACACAGAUGAACCCAGCCUUCAUCUGCUGCGCGUUCUUGAAAUCAGCCGUUCCGAAGCAGAGAAAAACUUGACGUAG